AUGACAACUGUAGCCUAUGAUUGGGUCCAGGUGGUGCAUCCCGACUCCAAAGACAUUUAUUUCGUUAAUCCCACCACUGGCAAAUGCUUGACAGACAAACCCGAACAAGGGAUAAUCAAACCCAAUGACCCCAAUGGCGAAUGGUGGGAGCUAUGGGAUGAUGCCAACGAUAUGCCAUAUUACUACCAUACUACUUCGGGACAAGCUCACUGGAAUCAGCCGGCUGACACACCAGUGAUUUCUCUUACCAAUACUGAUAUCAGACUUGAUCAAGUGGUCCCUGAGGCAGGUUCCUCAGUCUUGAAACGCAAUAGUCGUUCUCUUGAUCUUCCUUCAACUCGAUCCAUUCCACCCACUACCGCUUAUCAUCAUACUCGAUCCACAUCAGACGGCAACAACGCCAACACUACCACCAAUACGACUCCACCAUCACCUCCACCCCCGCCUCCGCCAAUGAUGACUACUACCACCACCACCACCACCACCACUACGACGACUACCAACACAUCUCCAUUAUGCAUCCAAGAAGAAUCACAUGAUUCAUUAUCAGCAGCAUUACCCAAUGGCUCUAUGGGAUUGUUUGGUUUCAGAUGGACUCGAAAACAAAGCGUGGUCUCAGAAAUGGGUGAUCUAGCAGCAGCUCGUCAACGCCGUUUGUCAAACUUUUCUGCUUUUCGAGGAAAGACUUCGUCAUCUUGGAAGAAUCUCGUGACACGCACUCAAUCAUCUCCGCGUAACUCAAUUGCUGUCAGCACACCCGUGAGCAAUCCAGAAGCAGCAGCUGCUAUGCACCCAACUAAAUGGAUGGAUCCUUUCAGUCUGCAGGCUCAGACCGAGGAGAAAAAACCGAUCCUUCCUUCCAAUUUGCAACAAGAGAUCACACAAUUUGCUAUUGAUGGAUUUGCUCAAAAGUAUUUCGCCAAACAUAAACGAGGGAUCAUUUUCAAACGACAAGUGCCCAUGGAGGAGAUGCUGCGUUGGACCAAGGAUUCACUCAAACAACCUCUGAUUAUGCUCAACAAGGAUUUGUACAAGGAUGCACUCAAAUGCUUCAAAUUGAUCCAAAUCAUUAUGGGCGAUCGACCACGACCACGACAAUCCACUGAGAUCGAGGAGUAUCAGACAUUGCUUGGAUGUGGUAUCAGCAAAGGACAAAUGCGUGAUGAGAUUUAUGUACAAGUAUGCAAGCAAUUAAACAACAACCCCAACGGACAAAGCAUUCGAAAAGGUUGGGAGAUUUUAUGUGUCAUCAGCGUCACCUUUCCACCAUCCAAGAAUCUUGAAUCAUACCUGAACAACUUUGUGGAUCAAAGCACUCAUGUUACCCAGAAUCAAGUGGAUGUGAUUAGCCAAUAUGUAUCUACCCGACUAAAGCGAAUUUGUGCGCGGGGCGCCAAAGGAAAGGUCUUGACGGCAGCAGAAAUUGAACGAGCCAAGGAAGCACCCUUUAAGCCUUCCAUCUUUGGAGAAGACCUCGAGUUGAUCAUCUCCUUACCUUCCCAUUGCGAUAACGGCCUCAAAAUACCCAAGAUAGUACCGUUCCUCGCUGAUGCAGUGCUGAAAAUGAAUGGUCUACAAUCGGAAGGCAUUUUUCGUGUUCCCGGUGACGCUGAAGAAGUAACGGAUUUGCGUGUUCGGAUUGAAAAUGGCAAUUAUGAUGCAAGUGGCAUUACCGAUCCCAAUGUACCAGCAUCUUUACUCAAAUACUGGCUUCGAGACCUUGAGAAACCAUUAAUACCCACUGAAUUGUAUGAUGAAUGCGUCAAGUUUGCCGAGAAUUCAGAUGAAGCCAUCGCCAUUGUCAACGCUUUACCCGAUCUGAAUCGUCGUAUUGUCAUGUACAUGAUCGCUUCUGUUCAGGAAUUCAACCGUGAGGAGGUGACACAAUAUACACGCAUGAAUGUCAACAAUCUUGCCAUGGUUUUCGCUCCCAACUUUUUACGAUGUCCAUCCGAUUCAUUGACAACCGUGUUCCAAAACUCAAAGUACGAGCAAGCCUUUGUCAGAACCUUGAUCAACGACAUGCAAACUGAAAAGGAGUCAUGUGCUUAUGGUGAUGAAGCUCCCUUGGCCAAAAAGAGGUGUUCCAAUGAUUAG